GGUUUGAACCGCUGUUGAAACUGGUGCUCUGUACCAAGUUUUUGCUGCCUGGUCAAAUCUGGCAGAAGCGUGAAGUAAAUUGGAAUUCUAUUUCUAAGAUGUCAUCAGAUGAAGGUGAGGUUAGCAGCCCUGUUCUGCCAAAAGACUCUGAUCGUGGCAGUUCCGUGUCCUCCGAGUUACAGGACGAAUAUGAGGAGCUGCUCCGGUAUGCGGUCGUUACUCCCAGAUUUGAGGCCGGUUCAUUUCGGCAGUCGCAGCUCUCUAUGCAGCGGUCCACAGACGGGAUCGCCUCCGCCGAGCUGGGGGAUGCUCUGUCAGAGCAGUCACAUGGCUCAGUGUGUGACUCUGCAGACAGGAGGAGUCUGGCUCGAGAGCCGGAGGUGACCAGAGCCUCCCCACUGCAGUCUGAGCCCGGGGGGAGCGGAGUGGACGAUGUGUCUGAGGCGUCCCCCGUGGAGUCUGAGGCCGGGUCAGAGAGGGGGCACCCCCAGUCCGGCAGGAGCAGCAGUCCAGAACUCCUGGUCUCCAUGGUGACUGAGAUGUUUGUCACUGAAGAGAACUUGGGCAGGAUGGAGAACAUUCUGGACACCUGGAGCAACAACCUGAAGGUGAACGUGAUGGAGGAGCUGCGGAGGUGGAAGGUGGCGUUUGUGGAGAAGCACAGGAUGGAGCUGGGCAGGGAGCGGGAGAAACACGCGGCUCACGUGUCCGGUCUGAAUGCAGAGAUGGACAGCCUGAAGGAGCUACUGAACACCUACGAGACCUCCAACCAGAGGAAAGACCAGCUGAUCAGUACUCUGACUCAAAGGGUGGAGAGGGAGAGGGAGAGGGUGGAGAUGAUGAGAACCUUCACUCAGUGGAGACUGAAGCAGAGCAGCGCUCGAGACGAGGCCCUCGGCUCCAGGCGGGCGGAGCAGCACUACGUCCUGCAGUUGAAGCGCAGGGUGUGGGCGGGGUGGUUCUCUCUGAUCCAGGGCCGCUGGAGGGCGCGGGUGGAGAGGGCGUGUCAGCUCAGGGCCCAGGAGGUCUGUGAGCGCCUGUCUGCUGAGCACCAGGCCCAGCUGGAGGAGAGUGCGGAGGCGCUGGGCCGCGCCCAGGCGGAGAUUGGGCGGCUGCAGCAGGAGCGGGAACGCUGUGAGGAGGCCAUGCGCACGGCCUUCAUGCGUGGAGUGUGCGCGCUCAACAUGGAGGCCCUCAGCCUGUUCCAGCCGGCCGAGCAGCGCCAGGACAGAGAUGGCCCCACCCCGCGGGACGAGCCUGGCUCCGCCUCCUCUGUCCGAUUCCAAGCUCCGCCCGCGUCUGCUUCCCGGUUCAGCCCCGCCACCUCCGAGUCCCCGCCCCCCCAGCAGAGUGACUCUGAGGACAUGUUUGCGUCCCAGGCUGGGUCCGGUCCAGGUCCCUCCAGAGCAGAAGGGCUCCCCUGCACUGCAGUGGUGGACAGCGCUUUGCCACCAGGUGGCGCUGUGUCCUCCCAGAGACAGGUCGCUCCUCCUCUCCAGCCCAGUGCCCAUGUGGUGACGGCUGGGCAGCAGAAAGCAGCGAAGACCAUCACCGCUCGCGUCACAGGCCGCUCAGACCUGGGCAAGGCCAGCCGCGCUGUGAGCCAGCUGUCCGUCAUGGGCGUGGCCCCGCCCAUGAGCUCCGUCAUCGUGGAGCGACAUCACCCUGUCACUCAGCUCACUGUAGGUCAGGCGACAGCGGCCAGGUUUCCCCGGUCAGCCCAGUCCGCUGUGGGCCCCUCCGGCUCCCGGAGCUUCUCCCACAAAACAAGAGGCCCCUCACCCUCUCACAUUAUCCCCGGCACCAGAGGGUCUUCAGCCUCUCAGAUUAACUCCAUCAUAGUGGUGGAGUGAGGUCCGGUUCAGCCACACUCAGUGGUGUGAACACAGUCACUGACAGAAACUCCAUCAUUAUGAAGGAUUUAUGCAAACGCAAUCACUUUCCAUAACUGGGACUGCUGCUUUGAGGAAUUGAGAUAUGUUUUGAUUAAUUAAUACAUUCUUUAAAUUUGGCAUUGCAAUGGAUUCAAUUCAUGGGUAGAAGUGCUGUAUGUGCUUAAUCAAUGUCGAUCUUUUUGUACUGGUCCACAAUUUUAUGCCAUUGCUCUAAGAUUGUAUUCUUGAAACAAAGUACGUUUUACUUUUUACUUUUUUUUUUAAUUGAGCCACUCAAGCCAUGUUCUUUUUAAAUUAAAUUAUUUUAAAA